CUGAAGCACAUGGUUGGCUGAGGUAUUGAAAUGUCAUAUCCAUGUAUCUGUCUGAUAACUUGAUAUUACAUGUUUAAGAUUAAUAUACAAGUAAUGAUUUUUUUGUAAAAUUUUGCAUCCCACAAACCAAAAUCCUAUUUUAGAUAAUGCAUACUCUAUGCAGAAGAAAAUCGUCCAGGACAUCAGUGUUACUCUUGCUUCAACAGUUCAGGCACCAUGGAACAAUUUAUUCUCUCUCCUCUGGUUUUGGCAAGGCUGGAGUAGCUGUCAUUAGAGUAUCAGGCCCACAGACUUCAACUGCAUUAAAAUCACUUUGUAAAUCUGAUAUACCAAAGCCAAGAACAGUUGUAUUGAAGAAACUGUUUGAUCCCGAGUCUUCAGAGUUGAUUGACAGGGGCUUGGUAUUAUGGUUCCCAAGUCCUCACAGUUUCACAGGUGAAGAUGUCUGUGAAUUCCAUGUCCAUGGUGGAAGUGCUGUUAUCAGUGCUGUGUUACAUGCAUUGGGAAACAUUCAGGGCCUGGAGCCAGCGGCACCAGGGGAGUUUACCAAAAGAUCAUUCCACAAUGGUAAGUUGGACCUCACUGAGGUGGAAGGACUGGGUGCAUUAAUUCAUGCUGAAACAGAAGCUCAGAGGCGACAGGCAGUCAGACAGAUGGAGGGGGAUCUCAGUAGGCUCUACAAUGACUGGAGACUAAGACUUUUAAAGUGUGUUGCAAAUGUUGAGGCCUAUAUUGACUUCAGUGAAGAUGAUAACAUAGAAGAAGGAGUCUUGGAUGAGGUACAAGUUAAUGUCCAAAAACUUAAGAAAGAAAUUGUGAAUCAUCUGUCAGAUAACCGCAGAGGGGAGCGGUUACGUACUGGUGCGCACGUUGUCAUUGUAGGACCUCCCAAUGUUGGAAAGAGUAGUCUGCUAAAUCAUUUAUGUCAGCGCCCAGCAGCAAUCAUAUCCCCUACAGCAGGUACCACCAGAGACGUGGUGGAAACAGCUCUGAAUAUAGGUGGCUUUCCUGUGCUGCUGAGUGAUACUGCAGGACUCAGGGAAACUGAGGAUGUGGUGGAGAGAGAGGGGAUUUUAAGAGCACUGAACAGGGCCAAACAGGCAGAUCUGACCAUUGUUGUCUUGGAUGCUCCAUCAUUAUGGAAACGAAUGGAAGGUGAAGACUUUUCAAUGAUAACUUUACUGAAGGAACAGUUAACUGAUAUUUAUGGGACAAAUGAAAAUGACACUACCAGACAAUCUCAGAAUACACAGAAUCAGUCAACUAGUCUAACCCAAGAUGGUCAACCAUUUCAAAACUUGGAUCAUCAGUGUAUUGGUUUAAAUGCUGUUUCUGACACCCAUGAGACAUGCCACAACCUACAUGAAGAAGAGGAACCAUUUGCUGAGAAAAUAAUUGUUGUGAAUAAAAUGGACCUUCUCACCCAACCACUUGAUGUAAGGAGACUGGACUUGGAAAGAUUGACAGUUUGUCCCUUGUCUUGUACAACAGGGGAAGGGAUGGAGGAACUAGUAGAGAGGAUUUCAUCGAGUAUGAAACAAAUAUGUGGCAACCCCUUGGCAGGAAACCCAAGUUUAACCCAUGCAAGAUAUCGUACACACCUCAAGAAUUGUGUUGAAGCCUUGGAAAAAUAUCAGGACUUGCAGAACAGAGACCUUGUCCUGGCAGCAAGGGCUCUACGAUCUGCCAUUAGGCAAAUUGGGAAGAUUACUGGUGCAGUUUCAUCAGAGGCAAUUUUAGAUGUAAUAUUCAGAGAUUUUUGUAUUGGCAAAUAGUCUUUUUUGUUUUAUCAAUUUGAUAAUUUUAGUUAUUUGUGCAUUUUAAUGUGAAUUUUUUUUUUCUUUUUUGCAAAAACAGUGGUGUAAGUGCCAUACAGUUAUCUUCUAGUUAGCAUAAUAAUCCUGAUG